AAACAAUAACAAAUCGGUCAGUCCGUCUGCACCCAGGCCUUCGGAAUUCUUAUUUCUCCUAGUAUUAAACGCGCCACUGAGCAUUUAGGUGAUUGUUAAGAGUGGAGCAUUCCUAUUGGGCCUUCAUGUUGUAAUGUCUGAGAGCAGUAGUUCCCCAGAGAGCCCUGUCAUCAUCGGAAAAAUGGACCACAAACGCCACCGCUACCCAUGCUGCAUUGUCUGGACUCCACUGCCACUUCUAUCAUGGUUCAUACCCUUCAUUGGUCACAUGGGCAUUGCGACAACAUCAGGUGUGAUCCGUGACUUUGCUGGGCCAUACUUCGUGUCAGAGGAUAACAUGGCCUUUGGCUGGCCGACAAAGUACUGGCCAAUGGAUCCCUACAGAGCUCAGGGAGGGCCAACUGCUUGGGACAGGGGUAUCUCCCUGGCGUCAGAGGAAUAUCAGGGCAGAAUGCACAACCUGUUCUGUGACAACUGCCACUCCCACGUCGCCAUGGCACUGAACCUCAUGCACUAUGAUGGCUCUACCAGGUGGAACAUGGUCAAGCUGUGUUUCCUCAUGAUGAUCCACAGUAAAUAUGUCAGUUUCUGGGCCUUUAUCAAGACGUGGCUGCCCUUCCUCUUGAUGGCUGGAGCUGUGACAGCUCUGGUUCUUCUUGUUUAAACAUUGCGCAAGAUGCCAAGGGACUCAUCCGUCCUCAUAGAUGCACACUUACGGAAGGCAUUGUUCACCAUUCGUACUGGCGCAAUUGGGAAUGCAUUCAAAUGGAGAUGUUUCAUGAUGAUGAGUAUUUAUUGUUUUAGUGAGUAUGAUCUGAUUAAGAUUGGAAAUGUGCCAAGGUAGUUACUCUAGGGAUGUCUUGAGCAAGUUGAUUUGCAUCAGUCAGUAGCCUGAUCUUCAUUCACUAUUUUUAUGGGUAUUAUUAGAAUGCUGAAUUGUGAUUGAUAAUCGAGGGUUGAUUUAUAAGGGUUGUAAUAAUUUGAGUUUGUAAUAGAUGUUAAUGCUGUGUACUAUUUUCGAUAGCAGUAGAACAAACAGAUGAGUCAACUAGUGUAAGAAAAAGAUCAGUGAUAACUGUUACAAGAAAGAUGUUGCCUGGAUUUGUUUGUUUUGUUAUUUAUGAGUAAAACUCAAGUACUAGAUACUAUAGAAAAAUGUAAAUGAGAUUAGUAUUAUAAGAGGUCAUUGAUCGAAGUAAAAAAAAUAUUUUUGUUAAGCAACCUUUCUAACAUGAUUUUCAAAUUACAUGGUCUGUUACGUGCAGUUUCAGAAGUCAGAAUGUUGUUAAAAGACUCCAAGUGAAUUGAUGCCAGUGUAAGCCAUAGGUUCUCAAGUUUUUUUACUUCCACAAACCCCUGUAUCUACAAAAUUAUCAUAGGGAUCCUUUAGAUAACCUUGUAAUGUGUAGAAACUAGCAUUACAUAUAUUUUGCAAUAGUUUUUUUUUUUU